CUCAGCGCCGCUGGCCGUCAGACUGGAGGUUCAGGAUGAAGCUGCUGGUUCUGCUGCUUUGGGUUUGGUCUCUGUGCUGGAGGACCGACGCUCAGAGUCAAUCAUUCCUGGUCACAGCGCCCCUGUCGGUGACCCUGGAUGCUGUGGAGACGGUGUUUGUUCAGCUGUUCGGCUCCAACACGGAGGAAACCGUCUACGUCUUCCUGAAGACCUCCAUGGCCCCGGGCCACCGGCAGCUGUCCAGGGACUCCCUGCGGCUCAGCAGCCAGAACCACCACCAGGGCGUCGCCAAAGUCCGGUUGCUGCCACUUCCAGAGAAUAAGGAUUUGAAUCAUGUGAUUCUUCACGUCCAAUCAAACGGGAUCAACCAACACCUGUCCAUCCCGGUUACCCGAUCCAACGGCUUCCUGUUCAUCCAGACAGACAAACCGCUCUACACGCCUCAUCAGAAAGUGAAAGUGAGGGCGUUCUCCAUGAACCAGGAGCUGAGACCAGCCAAUCGCAGCGUCUUCUUAACCUUCAAGGAUCCGGAUCAGAUCACGGUAGACGUUGUGGAGAUCGUCGAUGUGAACAAUGGAAUCCCAUCGAUGCAAAACCCCUUCAGGAUUCCCAUCAAACCAAAGUUGGGAAUAUGGACAAUAGACGCUUCCUACACAGAUGAUUUCACAACAAAAGCAAAGACAGAUUUUGAAGUUAAAGAAUACGUUCUUCCUAGUUUCUCCAUCCAAAUGAACCCACAGACAAACUUCAUCAGCUACAGUCAGUUCAGUCAGUUCCACUUCAGGAUUUCAGCCAGGUAUCUCCACGGCGCCCCGGUGGCUGAAGGACAGUUGUUUCUGCGUUAUGGAUACGUCAGAGACAAGAACGCUCCUGUUAUCAUUCCCACAUCAGUCACCAGAGAAAGACUCUCUGCAACAGGUGAACUGGAUGUGACUGUCAACAUGCAGAAAGUUCUGGACAACCACGAUGGACUGAGAGACCUGGACAGCCUGGUGGGAAGCUACCUGUACAUAGCGGUGCUGCUGCAGGAGGACACAGGUGGGAUCACGCAGGAGGCGGAGUUUGCUACUGUGAAGUUCGUCAGGUCACCGUAUCAUCUGAGCCUCAUCUCGACUCCUCUGUUCAUCAAGCCGGGACUUCCUUACAACAUCCAGGUGCUGGUGAAGGAUCACCUGGACAAGCCGGUGAGCCUGGUGCCGGUGCAUCUGGUGGAGAAUCAGCUGUUCAUGGAUACAGGAGAAACGAAGGUUAUGUCCUGUGGGGAGAACAAAAUCAGUGGAUCUGAUGGGCUCUUGUAUUUCAUCUGCAACCCCCAGAAAAAUGCAGUGAAGGUUCAGCUGAAGUUUGAGACGGCGGACCCCGCCCUGCCGGCUCAGAGUCAGGCCGGUCUGACCCUGGAGGCCGUGGCCUAUCACUCCCCAAACCGGCGCUACCUUUACAUCAACACGCCCAUGCCGGGCCACGGCCUCCGGGUCAGCCAGUACGCCAACAUCCAGGUGUACGCCGCAGCUCCCUCCUACCUGAACAUCAGGACCCUCAACUACCUGGUUCUGUCGAAAGGGAAGGUGGUGUUUUUUAAAAGUCAGAACUUUGCCUCCAGCGCUGAUGGCAGACAGAACCUGAACUUCCUGGUGACGACCUCCAUGGUCCCGUCCAUCAGGCUGCUGGUCUUCUACGUCCUGGACGGAGAAGGAACGACGGAGCUGGUGGUGGACUCUGUCUGGAUGGACGUCAAAGACAAGUGUGUCAACGGCCUCCAGACCGACAUCUUAUUGCAGGAAAGACUCUACAAGCCAAAGGAGAACAUCAAGCUGGACAUCAGGACCAAUGAGGGCAGCAUGGUGGCGCUGUCGGCGGUAGACGCCGCCGUCUUCACCCUACGCCCCAACUACAGGGACCCCGUUUCCAUGGUCCUUCGUCACUUCGAGCGCAGCGACCUGGGCUGCGGCGGCGGUGGCGGCAAAGACAACGCCGACGUCUUCCGAUUGGCCGGCCUCACCUUUAUGACCAACGCCAACGCCGCCCCCUCGUCCAGCAGUGAGUCGUGUUCAGCCGCCGUUCGUCCAAAGAGAGAACUGACCAAAGCACAGAAGGAAGCGAAAGCCAGAACCUUCGGCUCCAAGAAGAGCUGCUGCUCGGCGGGGAUGGACUACAUGCCAAAGAUCAUGAGCUGCCAGCAGUACGCAGACCAGAUCUUUGACAGGCUCAAAAUAAAGGAUGAAGGCUGCAAGACGGUCUUCAGGCUGUGCUGCGAGUUCCACCAGCAGCACCUGGACCACAGCGACCGGCUGGUUCUGGGGCGUUACGAACUGGGCGCAGACUUCGAUCAGGCGCCGUCGUUGGUGAGAAGCUUCUUUCCAGAGAGCUGGCUGUGGGAGGUGCAGCCUGCAAGGUCAGGUCGGCUGUCCAUCAACAGGACUCUGCCGGACUCUCUGACCUCCUGGGUGGUUUCAGCCGUUGGCAUGUCUCCAGAGGGCGGGAUGUGUGUGUCGGAUCCAGUGAAGGUGUCGGUCACCCAGCCGCUCAGCGUGGACGUCCCGCUGCCCUACCAGGUGGUCCGGGGGGAACAGGUGGAGCUGCGGGGCUCCGUCUACAACCAGCAGGAUGACGUCAUCACCUACUGCGUGACGCUGACGGCCGGCCCGGCGCUCUGCCUGCUCAAGUCCCAGCCGACGCCCAGGCAGGAGGGGCAUCACGCCACGGCCUGCACCUGGCAGCGCCUGUCUGCGAGGGGGGUGGGCAAAGUGACCUUCACCCUGCUGGGCCUGGAGCCCGGAGAGCACACCCUGACCUUCACCCUGAGCGUCCAGUCGGGGGCCAAAGACAUUGUGCAGAAGACGCUGCGUGUGGUGCCUGAAGGAGUGAGACAGGAAGUGAACUCCGCGGGAAUACUGGAUCCUCAGGGACUCUACGGUUCAGAGAAGCGGACUGUGGUGCUGAAGAACAUCCUGCCAAAAAACGUGGUUCCCAACUCGGCUGUGGAGAGACAGCUGACCAUAAACGGCGAGCUCCCAGGCGAAGUCGUGUCGGUCGUACUGGACCCCGAGGGCCUGAAGCGGAUCCUCAGCCUUCCUCCUGGGUCAGCAGUAGCAGAGGUCGAUAGGCUCCUCCCACUCAUCCAGGUGUACCAUUACCUGGAGACCAACGGCCUCUGGGACGUCCUGGGAGAAAACAUAGAGAAGACCUCCGGCGAGCUGAGGCAGAAGAUCAGAGAAGGUCAGGUCGGCCUCACGACCUUCAGGAACGGAGACAGCAGCUACAGCAUGUGGGUGAACUCUGAACCCAGCACCCUAGUCACCGCCGAGGUGGUCAGGACUCUGUCUUUGGCCGACCCGCUGGUCUCCGUGGACCGUCAGUCGCUCUCAGAAUCUGUCAACUGGUUGAUCCGCAGAACUCAGCAGCCUGACGGCUCCUUCAGGGAGCGGGCUUCCUCCCAGAACAGCCGGCUCAUGGUUGGCGCCACCGAUGAGGAGCAGACGGUCUUAGUGACUUCCUUGGUGCUGGUGGCCUUACACCGAGCGAUGAGCAUCAGAGACCCCAAACUGCAGCUUCAGUUCCAGGACAGCAGCAAGCGCUCAGCAGCAAACUACCUUUCCCAGCAUGCCCUGAGUGUGAAGAGCAUGUAUGUGCAUGCGGUGGCGACCUACGCUCUGACGCUGCAGAACCCCAGCAGCGCGGAGGCCAUGCAGCUGAUGACCCGCCUGGAGCAGCAGGCGCGGCAGAAAGGGAACCCGGUUGAGCAGCGGUACUGGCAAGAGCCCAGCGUGACGGCUGAUUGGCUGACGCCUGAUGAAUCCAGCGGUCAGACAGUGGAGAUGACGGCGUACGUCCUGCUGGCCCUCCUGCUCAAGGGGAGGAUCCAUUACGCCAACCCCGUGGUUUCCUGGCUCACUCUGGAUCAGCACUAUGGAGAAGGUUUCCACUCCAUCAAGGACAUGGUUCUGACCCUGGAGGCCCUGACAGAGUACAGCAAGGUCGUUCCUAAAGCCGUGCUCAACCAGGACAUCAACAUCCGCUACAGCAGGCAGGAACAGCUGAGCCGAGUCCAGCUGAGCCGCCGCCAGCCGGUGGCCCCGCCCCUCCAGAUAUCGAAGAAUGUUGACGUCAUCGUGAGCACUGGUUAUGGGAGGGGCGUGUCCAGUGUGAAGAUGAAGACGGUUUACUAUCAGACCACAGCAUCCACGCAGACCUCCUGUAACUUUGACCUGACCAUUGAGCUGGUUGGAUCCGCCGUGUCCAGCAAUCCAACCAUGCAGGCUCCUCACCUGGUCGCCUGUGUAAAGUACCGACCUCCACCCAACGAGGAUUACACCGAGUCGCUUCUGACCGUCAUGAAGAUCCAGCUGCCCACAGGCAUUGAGCCGACCCUGGAGGACCUGAGACAGUUCACAGACGGAGCGUACCCGUCUAUCUCCCACUAUCAGCUCCAGGGAAACACCGUCAUCAUCCAGAUGGACUCUGUUCCCUCUGAGGUCUUCCUGUGUGUCGGGUUUCGGGUCAGAACCAGGUUCAGGGUGAUUGGUGCUGCUGAGUCCCUGAUGACUGUCACAGAACCUCAGGACAAAGGCAGCCUGUGCACCAAGCAUUUCUCCAGCCAGGAGCAGAGGCUGCAGCGCCUCUGUGUGGGCGAACAGUGCCAGUGCAUGGCAGCUGCGUGUGCGACCUACAGAGGGAGCAUGGACGCCACCCUGACCGCAGCCAAACGCACCGAGGAGACCUGCCAGCCGCACAUCAAAUAUGCCUUCAAGGUGACGGUGAAAUCUUCGGCAGCGGAGGGAGACUUCAUGACCUACACAGCCACCGUAGCCGAGGUCCUCAAGAAAUCUGAAGCGCUGGAAGCGGCCGGUCCAGGCAGCGACCUGGACCUGGUGAAGAAGGUGACCUGCGCCAGCGUGGAGCUGCAGAACAACCAGCAAUACCUGGUGCUGGGCUCCGGGGGGUCAGAGGUCACGCAGGGUGGCGGCUCUAGGUACAGGCUGCCUCUGGACUCGGAGGCGCUGGUGGAGUGGUGGCCCACAGCUUGUAGUUCUCCACAGUGUCAGGACUACAACUCCCAGCUGAUGAACUACGCUGUGGACCUGCAGCUGUUCGGCUGCCCCUGAACCGCGGACCGGGUCAUUUCUGGACCUGGUUUAAACGUGAAUGGGUCCGAGGCAGAACUCUGCAUUCAUUAAACAUUCAUUAUUAAUACAGAUGUAUUUUUUCUAGUGUUGGAAAAUAAAUAUCUUAAACAAAAAUA